AUGCACUGCCUGAGUAGAAGGCCCAGCUCAUAUCUUGUUAACUCUCACAGUGAUCUUAAAGAGAAGGAUGAUAUGAAAAAGGAAUCCUAUGAGGCAACUUGGUUAGACUUAGUGAUGGAGACAAGACCAGAAUACAAGACCACAGUAAUUGAAAGAGACUCGUCGCGAAAGGAAAGCUACGAGCAGAAGAGGGUAGUCCACUUUGUUGUGCGGAGAUAUCCCAAACAAACAAUUCGCAUGGGCGAAUACGGGACGAAGAUGCGCGAGUACAAGUUGCCCUACAAGAAAGUUCUUCCAGUGUCAAUCUUUGUACCGAGGGAUAUGACAAUACUAGAAAAAACAAAACGAGAACCAUCCCCCUCCGAACUACAGUCUAUCAUGGAAUUCGAGAGAAAUUCAAUAAGUGGAAUCUGCGAAGAGAAAAGGGAUGUCGCCUCUAUCACAAAAGAUAAGCCGUGGGUCAUCCAACCCAGACGUCCAGAAUUCAGGGCGUCCAGUCUGAUCUCGCCACCAUGGGAGCUGUCCCAGGACAUCCAGCGUCGGGAGUGA